AUUUUUUUUGAUUCCGGGGCACUACAGACGAUUCCUCUAAACCCUGAACCUCUUUCCCCGGAAAUUCAAAAUCAAUUUACUUUUGGGGGUUUUCACGAAGAUCGUCGUUUCGUUCUCGGAUUAUGCUGUAGAAGUACCCAGUUCAAUUGCACGAUGGUUACUUCGAGGGAUAUCCAUGAGAUCGUUUCCAAGCUCUCGUCGGAUAAAGCCAAAACUCGUGAAGAUGGAGUCAAGUUGUUGAACAUAUGGCUCGAAGGAGAAAGGUCGAUUAACUUCUGUAGGUUUCUUUCGCAAAACACAGCCGAGCUUAAGUUGGACGAGAUUCCAAAUGCUGAAACGUGGCCCUUUUUGGUUAAAAUUCUUCUUCAAUGUGUAUCAAUGGAGGUGUCAGGUAGUAAGAGACGGAUACCCAAACCAACUUUUGCGAAGGCGCUUCGAGUUGUUAUUCAGAGAGCCGAAGAAACCAAGUUUCCUGGUGCCUUUCCUUUGCUAUCUAUGGCCAAAACCAUCUUUACACAUAUACAUGAUAUUUUGAGCAAUACACCUAGCUUUCAUUCAGAGUAUGGGAACAUACUCCGCCAUCUUUUGGAAAUUAAGGAGUACCGUUUCCAAAUGAGAAAGCGUACAUAUUCCAGUUUGGUGAUGUUAUACAUAGAAAGGGCGGAAGCAGGGUUUUGCGAGAAAAACAGUGGUCAACAUAGCCAGAAGGAGGAGGCGUUUCGUUGUAUUGUUACGCUUCAGUCACUUUUAGAGAACCCCCCAGGAGAUUUUUCUGAUGACAUUCGAGAAGAAAUUGUGAAUGGUCUCAUUCACAUCUUCUCUUCUAUAAGAGAUGAAGUAAAGCUCUCACGCAAGCUUAUUGAAUGUGUAAAUUCCUUCUUGCUGAAGGAUGGUCCUAACAUAGGCUCCUUGUCAUUGGACAUUCAUAAUGCGGUCCAACAGUUUGUAUUCCGUUGCUGGUUAACAACCCAUGAUAAGAACCUUAAGGAGAUACUUGCUUCUUAUGGAAGGCUACAGCUAAAUUUGACAAGAGGAUCUAGUGAAUCUAGUUCUCUGGUGGAACAACUUUUGGACGUGGUUACUCGUGAACUGGAUCUUGGUAGUUCAUCAAGUUCUGCAUCACGGGGUGAUUCAACCAAGGAUGAUAAGUUUGGGACGUUGAGCAGCUAUCAGAAUAGCUUGGUUGAGUUGGCUGCACAUGUGCUCUACCGGGCGGUUGUCAAUACUACUAGAUCAUCACUGUCAGAGAAACGAGCUCGAAGGCAACAUAUUACAUUGCGUCUUGUAGAGGCACUUACUGAAGGAAGAUGGCUGUGGUGUGCUGCUUUUGGUUGUCUAGUUCGGACUUAUUGUACUCGCAUCAACAGGGAUCUCCUUAUUUACUGGUUUGAAGCCAUCUGCACAAACUUUCAAAGACUUGUGGAGGAUGCUAGUAUGAGACGUUCUUAUGAUGGUCUAUUAUGGACUUUGAGGAGUUUGCAAGGGCUAUCUUCUGGGUUGUUACUUCCAGCUGCUACUAUCGACAUAUCAAAGUCAUCUGUUUCCUCAAGUGAGCUAGAUCGUGGUUGGCAAUUGAUCUGGAGCUCUUUAAUCCAUGGACUAGCAACAUUCAGCAGCAUGACCGUAAUUGUUGAUGCUGUCUUGGUGCUCCUGGGAUCAAUUAUUUCAAAUAACCACAUAAACGUGGGGAUUCUGCCUCAAGAAGUAUGGGAUCACCAAUUAUUCAGACAUAUACCCUCUGAGCCGGCCUUGUACUUCAUUGCAUGUUAUUUUUCACGUAUGGGUUGCCAGGGAAACCUGCAAGAUGAUCUACAUCUACGACGCAAUCUCCUUAGAGCAGUUUGUGGUCCCCUUAGCUGGAAGGGUCGUUUAACACUGAAUGAGAGAAUGGUUCGCCUUCUACCAGCAGCUGCUUUAGCCCUAUGUACUGGUUCCACAACGACACUUCCAUUACCCAAGGAACAUAUCCCAACACCAUCGAGUUGGGAUGCCUGUGAAGUGGUGAAGAUGGAUGAUGUUGAACAAGAAAAAAAAUUUGGACUGUUUGAAUGCUCUGUAGAGGUUCUAACAAAAGUUUACUCGGAUUCUAGCAAGAUCUCUAGUUACCGAGUUCCUGAUGGAGUACAACUACCUCUGGUACUAAGAGAUCCAUUGCUUCAUGACAUGGAAAUCUAUUUUGCUAGCAUUAUCCCGGAGGACAGUGAGAAAGGACCACUUUCCGACAUAUUUAUGGGAUGUUCUCUGCUGUGUCAUUUUAUGCAUGGUUCUUAUACCACAGGGAAGGGUAAGGGAAGCACUUCGUUCUACUUAAAAGCAAGCCAGUAUUUGUUAGAAAGCCUGGACUACGCUGUUGAAGCAGUUUCAAAGAGCCUCUAUGAUUUUCAAAGGCUUGGAUCCUUGGGGUUUGGCUCAGAUUUUAAUGAGAAAAGUUCUAUAAUAGUUUCGCUGAGGUCUCUUACUAGUUCUCCUGUCUUCAGCAACAGAAGAGACCAAAAUCUUCUUGCCACUAGUUAUGAUACUGUAUUUCACUCCUUAGAGAACCUUUUACGGUCUUUUGCUAAAGUUUACGGAGAAUAUACUGAGCACUCAUGGAAUACCCAAUCUGACACUGUUACUUCGAAAUCUUUAGCACUUGAUCCCCCAGAAGUUGGCAGGAUUGUGGAUAUGGAUUUGGAUCUAGCUGUAGACACUAAAGAGAUCGAUCUUAUAACUGCCGGUGGAAAAGCUGUUCCCGGUGUACCUGUUUCUACGGGGAACUGGAAGUUGGGCAUGAUAUCACUUAUCUCAUGUUUUUCUCCGGUACUUCAGUUUCCUACAUGGGAUGUUUUAUAUAGUAUUAUGGAGAAGGAAUUUGAUCCUAAGGUUUUGGAAAAUAUACUCUAUCAUCUAUGCCAGCUUUCAUGCUUGACUUCUAUGCCGAAGGUUUAUGAUUUGGUUAUUUUCUUGGAUGAUAUGCUCAACACACAAGUAAAGAACAAGCGUAACUGUCUCAAUAUAGUCACUGCCUUACAUGUUUUACUUCAUAAUUUGUUAUCCUCGGGGAUGGAUUCUUCUGGACUCAGACCAAACUCGGAUUUGUCUUUGAAAGAAGGAGAGAGUUGUCAGGUCUUUGAACAACUUGGCGCAAUGGUGAAUAAAGUUUCUGAAUGUGGUCUCUUGGGCUGGUUUGGGCGUGUGAGGCUUAUCAGCUGUAUAUGUAAUUUUGUCUUGCUUAAUCCUCAGAUUGGUCAGACAAUGAUUGAGCGACUUCUACUAAUGCUAAGUGACUCUGAUUAUCGGGUACGGUUUGUCCUGGCAAGACAAAUUGGGCUUUUAUUCCAGACAUGGGAUGGACAUGAGGCAUUAUUCCAAGAUAUUUGCUCCAGCUUUGGUAUUAUAUUGGUAACCUCCUCAAAGGAAAAGCCUGUCACUGCAAGAGAUGUUUUGGCUGCUGGUCCUCAACCUCGCCCAAAAAUGGAGACUGUCAUCAUCACUCUUAUGCACCUUGCAUAUCACAGUGAGAACAUAGAGUUGCAAGCUGUUUUUAUGAUGUGCGCUGUUUCAGCUAUAGAUCCUUGUCAGAGGGAAUUAAUCAUUGCUGCACUUGACAAUCUAUCAGCACAACUCCAUUACCCUUCUAGGUUCAAGUACCUGGAAGAACUCUUGGGCCCGAUCCUCUUUUUCUGGAUUGCAUGUGGUGUCAGUUUAGCUGCUCUUGUUGAGACAAGUCAGCUGUUCAUUCUAAAUGCUGAACCGAAAUAUUUCAUCAACUUUUGUUCCCACUGGCUACUUCCAGCUCUUCUGCUGCAUGAAGAUAAUACUAACCUUGAUUGGGUAGCUAAGAUGGCUGGCAAACCGGUGGCUGUGUUGGUCAAAGAAAAUUUUGUGCCAAUCUUUUCGAUAUGUAUGGGAUUGCACUGUAGUAAAACAUCAGAAUGUGAAAAAGGUGCAUUGGUGCUUCAGAAUUCGAUAUUACAUGUCGGUCAGAUCACCGAGACUGAGAGGGAUAAGCUCAUUAAACGGAAUAUGGUAUCUAUUGUUAGUUUUGUUUUAUCACGUGCAUCCUCUUCACCAGAACCUCCGGUUCCUACUUUUUCUCGUGACACCAUUUCACGUGCAGUUCAAACAAUUGUGGAUGGUUUUCUGGAAACCGCUGAUUAUCCCAAGAAUGCGGUGGUCAUUGAUAAUAUCAAUGUUUUUCGCCCAGAUAGAGUGUUCAUGUUCAUCACAGAAAUACAUUAUAAAAUGUCAGCUGCAUGCCAUCAUCGGCAUACGCGUCAUCACUUGGCCGCUCUAGAAGAGCUUACUAUUAUUCUUGGUCAUAGAGCUUUAGUUCCAAGUUCCUUAAAUUAUAUAUUCAAUCUUGUUGGACAAUUUAUCGCCUCUCCCUCAUUACAAGACCAGUGUUGUAGUAUAGCUUCCUGUUUGCUGGAUUCGUUCAGAAGCAAUCCGGCCAAAGAAAUUGUUGGUGUACUAGGUGACCAACUCCAGUUUUUGGUCUCAAAGCUAGUUACAUGCUGCAUCGAUGCUGAAGCGAACUCCAAAGUUUCUGGUUCUAAGUCAUCUCAACUUGUAAAUUUGCUCCACAAGCUAAUUGUUAAUUCAGAAUCUUCUCUCCAUGAAGAUAUAAGAGAUUUAGAACCAUUGCCCGAUAUGGAAAAUUUUCGUGUCAUUCGCGAAUCACACAUCAGGAUAUGCGAAGGUUACUCUCCAAGGAAUCAUCUGUUGAAGGUCGAACACACUGAAGUUUUUAAUAAUUACAUUGUUGUUGGAAUUUCAUCACUAACAGUUUUUUGUGGGUUCUUUCCUGUUCCGCUACAACAGUGUGCCAGAAGAUCAUGUUAUCUUCCACCAAGAUUCCUUUCCUGGAGUCUCCAAGCGCUGCACAACAAGCUCAUAGCUACUGAAGCUUCACAAGGAGAGUCAAAUCUCGAAACUGGAGAUAGCUUUUGGCAUUCUGAUGAUGAAAUUGUAAAUGCUGUUUGGACUCUUGUCCGGGUGUCUGCUUCAGAUGAGGCAGAUAAUAUGAGAUUGUUGGCGUCGGAUUUUCUUUCCAGGGUUGGUAUUGGGGACCCCCACACUGUUGUUUUCCAUCUUCCUGGGGAGUUGAGAUCCAUGCAUGAUCUUCAAUUUGUUAGCCAUAAUAAAGGAUCAAAAGAUAGUUCUUAUACUGAGAAUGGCAUAUCCGAUGAAACCCUUAUCUCACUGUUAAAAAUUCUGAAGAAGUAUCUUUUGGAUGACUCUGUAAAGAUAAUUGAUGUGACGUCUCAAACCCUUCGGGGAAUUCUUUCUACUGAAAGGGGGCAGCAAGCAUUAUCUUCUAUCGAUUCGUGUGAGAGAUCUUUGAUUGAGGUACAUGGCAGGGGCGUUAACCUUGACACUGUUGAAAAGAUCUUACUGGAUAGCGAAAAGCAGUACAAAGCUGAGAACUUUUCACUGGAGAAGUCUGAGGUGUGGUCCACGUAUAAUAAAAACUUUGAUGGAUGGAUUUGUCAGCUUGUGUACUGUAUGAUCUCUUUAUGUGAGGAUGUCCCAAUAAGGUUAUGCCAGAAUAUAGCAAUGCUGAAAGCUGAAAUUUCUGAGCUUUUGUUUCCAAGUGUUAUUGUUAGUCUUGCAGGAAGGGUAGGGACAGAUAUCAAUUUACACGAACUAAUUACAUCACAGGUGAAAGAGCACAUCUUCAUUGAUUCAAACAAGCUAACAAAGUCGAAGCAGAUCAUGUUAAAUACCCUGAAUGAACUGCGAAUGUGUUAUGUCCUUGAAAGAUCAACUUUUUCUGAGCAAACUAAAAGAGAAAAGAAUAUUAAGCAUUCUAACUACAGUUCUAGAUCUUGCUCCAGCGCUGCUAAGAUCAGAGAUGUGGAAACAGCUAAUGGAAUGGCAGCGUCCAUAACUGCAAAUUGGGACAAGGUUUAUUGGCUUUCCAUUGAUUAUCUUGUUGCUGCCAGAUCAGCAGUAGUUUGUGGUGCAUAUUUGACCGCCGCCAUGUAUGUUGAGUAUUGGUGUGAGGAGAAAUUUGGAAGUCUAAGCCUCGGAGAUCCUGAUUUUUCUUAUCAUGAUAUGUUACCGGAUCAUGUUGAGAUACUUGUGUCUGCAAUAACAAGAAUAAAUGAGCCUGACAGCUUGUAUGGGGUUAUACAUUCAAAUAAGUUGUCUGCUCAAAUAACCACAUUUGAGCAUGAGGGAAACUGGAGUAGGGCACUUGAGUACUAUGACUUACAAGCACGUUCACAGAAGAUGGUGGUGCCUGGUAGCCUUCCUGAAAAUCUAGGGGUGGAACAUUUUCAGCCAACAACUAGUGCACAACAUUCUGUCUUUGGCGAAGGGGAGGUCCAGAGACAACCUUUCAAAGGGCUCAUUAGGUCGUUGCAGCAGACAGGCUGUAUGCAUGUUCUCGAUCUGUAUUGCCGGGGCUUGACUUCCCGAGAAGGCUCCUUUCAGUAUGAUCCAGAGUUCAUCGAAUUGCAGUAUGAGGCUGCAUGGCGUGCAGGAAAAUGGGAUUUUUCUUUACUUUAUCCACAAACGCACUCCCCACCUAUGCAACAUGUCAAGAACAAUAUUUAUCAUGAAAAUCUGCACGGUUGUUUAAGAGCUUUGCAAGAAGGGGAUUGCAAUGGGUUUCAUGUAAAACUGAAGGAUGCCAAGAAGGAGCUUGUAUUGUCCAUUUCCCGUGCAAGUGAAGAAAGCACUGAAUUUAUAUACUCAGCAGUAGUGAAACUUCAGAUUCUUUAUCAUCUUGGACUAGUUUGGGAUCUUCGCUGGACGACAUCUUCACAUGAAAGUGUGCAAGGCUAUCCAGUCAAACAAAUGGCAUGUGCAGACCCUGUGACACCAACAAUGGAGCAGUUGUCUUGGCUUAAUAAGGAUUGGAUCUCUAUUACUACACAAACUCAGUUGCACAUGAAUUUGUUGGAGCCAUUAGUCGCAUUUAGGCGAGUCCUCCUCCAAAUCUUGGGAUGUGAGCAAUGUACUAUGCAACAUCUUUUGCAGUCUGCUUCGUUACUUCGCAAGGGAUCAAAGUUUUCUCAUGCAGCCGCGUCUCUGCAUGAGUUCAAGUUCCUUUGUGCAAAAAGUGAUGGAGGACAACCUGUUCCAGAUUGGCUUGGAAGGAUUGAAGAGGCAAAACUAUUACAUGCCCAAGGGCGGCAUGAAGUUGCCAUCAGCCUGGCAAACUACAUCUUACAAAAUUAUCAGUUAAAAGAAGAGGCUUCAGAUAUAUACCGUGUGAUUGGGAAGUGGCUAGCGGAAACCAGAUCUAGCAACUCUAGAACAAUUUUAGACAAGUACCUCAAGCCUGCAGUUUCGCUUGCCAAAAACCCGAGUUCCGAGAUCAGCAAAAGAUUGGUAGAUAGACAAAGCCAGACUUGGUUUCAUCUGGCACAUUAUGCAGAUGCUCUGUUUAAAAGUUAUGAGGAGAGACUCUCUUCCAGUGAAUGGCAAGCUGCAAUGCGGCUACGAAAACACAAGACGAAAGAGUUGGAGGUGCUUAUUAAACGUUAUAAGAAGUCAAAGAAGGGGGAACAAUCUGACUAUUCACUGAAGAUUCAAGAGCUGCAGAAGCAACUAACAAUGGACAAAGAAGAGGCAGAGAAGCUGCAGGUUGACAGGGACAACUUUCUGAAACUUGCGUUGGAGGGGUAUCAACGUUGCCUGCAAAUUGGUGACAAAUAUGAUGUCCGAGUGGUCUUUAGACAAGUAUCCAUGUGGUUUAACCUCGCCUCCCAGAAAAAUGUUAUUGAUAACAUGUUUAGCACCAUUAGUGAGGUUCAGUCUUACAAAUUUGUACCACUUGUCUAUCAGAUUGCUUCAAGGUUGGGUAGUUCUAGAGAUGAAUCAGGAUCUAACAGCUUUCAGUCUGCUCUGGUUUCACUUCUCAGAAAAAUGGCCAUUGAUCAUCCAUACCAUACUAUCCUUCAGCUUCUGGCUUUGGCGAACGGUGAUAGAAUCAAGGAUAACCAACGCAGUAGAAACUCUUUCGUGGUUGAUAUAGAUAAAAAGGUUGCUGCAGAGCAUCUUUUGCAGGAUGUAUCACAGCAUCAUGGGCCUAUGAUUAGACAAAUGAAACAACUGGUAGAUAUCUACAUCAAGCUUGCAGAGCUUGAAACAAGGAGAGAGGAUACUAAUAAAAGGGUAGCACUGCCAAGAGAAAUUCGUAGUGUGAAACAAUUGGAACUUGUACCUGUAGUGACUGCUACAAUUCCUGUUGACCGUAGCUGCCAAUACAAUGAAGGGUCGUUCCCUUCUUUCAGAGGUUUAUCAGAUUCUGUUACAGUGAUGAAUGGUAUUAAUGCUCCAAAAGUAGUUGAAUGCUUUGGCUCUGAUGGCCGAAAAUAUAAGCAACUUGCAAAAUCUGGCAAUGAUGACCUCAGACAAGAUGCUGUUAUGGAACAAUUUUUUGGGCUCGUCAAUACCUUCCUACAUAAUAAUCGGGACACAUGGAAGAGAAGAUUAGCUGUACGCACAUACAAGGUUGUUCCUUUUACCCCAAGCGCUGGUGUUCUUGAGUGGGUUGAUGGCACAAUUCCACUUGGAGAUUAUCUUAUAGGAAGCUCAAGAGCUGGGGGCGCUCAUGGUCGUUAUGGCAUUGGAAACUGGAAUUAUUCUAAAUGCCGAGAACAUAUGUCGAGCGCAAAAGACAAGCGCAAAGCCUUCAUGGAUGUCUGCACAAACUUCAGGCCUGUCAUGCAUUACUUUUUCCUGGAAAAAUUCCUGCAUCCUGCUGACUGGUUUGUGAAGAGGCUUGCGUAUACACGUAGUGUUGCAGCUAGUUCAAUGGUUGGGUACAUCGUUGGUCUUGGUGACCGUCAUGCCAUGAAUAUUUUAAUCGAUCAAGCCACAGCAGAAGUUAUCCACAUAGAUCUUGGAGUUGCCUUUGAACAAGGAUUAAUGCUCAAGACUCCUGAACGGGUCCCUUUCAGGCUGACAAGAGAUAUAAUUGAUGGAAUGGGUAUCACAGGAGUGGAAGGCGUUUUCAGGAGAUGUUGCGAAGAAACCUUGUCUGUGAUGCGAACAAAUAAAGAGGCCCUCCUUACAAUUGUUGAAGUUUUCAUACAUGAUCCUCUAUAUAAAUGGGCCUUGUCCCCUUUAAAAGCUUUGCAAAGACAGAAGGAAACUGAAGAUUACGAUGGCAUGAACUUGGAAGGAUUACAAGAGGAAUUCGAAGGUAACAAGGAUGCUGCACGUGCCUUGAUGCGUGUCAAGCAAAAACUUGAUGGCUAUGAGGGUGGUGAGAUGAGAAGCAUACAUGGCCAGGCACAGCAACUAAUACAAGAUGCAAUAGACACAGAUCGUUUGUCACAUAUGUUCCCUGGUUGGGGGGCCUGGAUGUAACUAACAACAGCAGCCUUCUUCCGCAUAUGCUCCAAUUUCUUUUGGUCUGUAAAUAUUGAAAGUAAUGUUCAAACACUCUGCUGCCAAGUUUUGUAUAUUAGCCCAGGACGAUGGUAUGGAGCAUUCUGCUACAAACUAUAUCUUGGGUUGGCGGUACAGUUGUAUGAUUUAAGAGCUAAUGGGCUCACGCGUUAAUGUACACCCACCAACAUGAAUUAAACUA